AUGGGAAGUAAUGCAGCCGUCAAGGCAGAAUUGGGGAUCCAAUCCCUACGGUCGGGAAGAGACGCGAGGAAGCUGACAUGGCAGUAUCGCAUGUGCGGGAUGGGAGAGGAGAGGUUGCCGAGAAUUGUAUGGGAGGCGAAGUGGGCAAACAAAAAGAGGGGUGGACAGCCCACGGAAUGGGUCAAGCCUGUAGAGGACGUAUGGAAGGGGCUCGACAUCGACGAAGAUGAAACGCUGGAAACGGAGGGUCUACAGGGGUUCAAGGAGAAGAUAUCUGUUGCUUGUGCCGAGAGAGAAGAACAGAAUCUAAGGAAAGAAUCCAAGGAUAAGGAGGGCCUAGAAGUGUACGAAAUGUUGAAGGAGGGAAUAGGGUUCAAGGACUACCUACAUGGACCAAUGGAUG